AUGCUCCACACACACUAUUUCGAUGAAGGAGUACAGAGCAAUUCUUCAGUAACGGAACUAAACAGAUUGGAACUUCUACCAAGCACAUCUGGUGUAUCAAGGGAAAUAAGCAUUCAGCUUGAACUAUCAUUUACCAACAGCGCUGAAGAGAGAUCCGAGGAUGCAAAUGUAAAAGGGAGGAAAGUCACUACAGAAGCCAAGGUUAAACUUAAAUCUAAAUCUAAAGGAAAAAGAAAACGGGAACAUCCAAUAAAAGACACAUUAGAUAAACGGGGUAAAUUACAUAGUACUUGUAAUAAGGACUCCAGUGUAAAGGGAAAAGGUAAACAGCUGAAACAAUGUGUUAGUAGAGAUAAAUAUGAUGACGCAAGUGAAGCAUGCGGAAUAUGUGGUAAAUUUGAAAAGGAAGACGAAAACUGGAUCUGCUGUGAUGCAUGUAAUAUCUGGUACCAUAAGGACUGCGUAGGGCUUGAUGAAGAUGAUUUUGACUACUUUUUAAAUCCAGAUGCAGUAUACAUUUGUCCGUUGUGUCAGUAA